CCGGUCCAUUUUCUAUCUCGGGUGUCAUGGAUUCGCGAUUUCCAACCGUCUAAAUCUAUGAUGGGUUUCUGACCAUCUUUUGGCAUCGGCUAUCUCGGUCAUGAUCACUAAACGAAUAGUGGGUAUGAGAUUUAUCGAUACACUAGAGGUUGCAAAAUUUUUGUGAAAAUAUUCUGUGAUUUGGUUAGCCGACUAAAUGAAAACUUCAUUUCACUUCAAACUACGACUACUGCAUUUAUCAAAUCUUUAAUUUGCCGCAUUAUUUGGAAAAAUGGCGAUACUGGAAGCUAUUGUCAAAACAAACUGCAGCGAACCAUCCAAGACAGAGUUUCAUUUUGGUGUGUUUUGUUUAAUAAUUACGUGACUCCUGUUUUUUAAUUGUUUAAUAUAUCUAAGGUAAGUACAUAAUUAACGUAUUAAUAUUAAAAUUUGAGACUUUGUCAUACAAAAAAACGAUAUAUCGGCAAUUUUUAAAAAGCCGUGAUUGUAAUAUCGUAUUAAAAGCAUAAAGAUCAAUGAUUUCUAGUACGAUACGCUAGUAAUCAAAUAUAUAAGUCGAUGAUUGAGAUCUAAUGUACUAACACACUUGGUACUGGGAACUCAGUUAUUAAAAGUAGAUGGAUCACUGAGCCAUUAAAUAAUACUACUCCCAACGGUGAAGCACAACGGUGCUUGUGAGUAAUAUUUUUGUGCCAUAUCAUGUGCCAAGAAAAAAGAUUGAAUAGGACACUAAUGUUGUAUUUUAUUUCCAGGAUGGCGCCUACAAGAAAGGUCUCAGAUAGACAGAUGGAGAUUUUAUUAGAGUUUGUCGAAAAAAACAAAGAGCUUGCUGUUGGCCGGUACCCUCCCGGCCCACUAGGAAUACAAGCAGCACGUCGGCUGUGGGACAGUGCAGCCUUACAAUUAAAUUCAAUUGGGUCUGGAGUAACCAAAACUGGUCAAAAAUGGCGUAGAUAUUGGAUUGAACUAAAAAACGCGGUAAAAGGGAAGGCUGCCGACCACCGACGCAUGGCCAAUGGAACAGGGGGAGGCCCAAAUAACUUACAACCCCUCGAUAUUUAUGAAGAGAGGGCCCUUGCCAUAAUCGGGAGGGUAGCAGUUGAAGGUUUGGAAGGAGUGCGACUGCCUCACCCUACUAUGGAUGUCUCUCCUUCCGCACCCACUGCACUGCCACAUCCAAGCUGUAUUGAAGAAGCUGCCCCCACUCCUUCUACGUCUGCUGCAGAAGCUAUAGCUGAUACCACUGCUUCCACUUCUACUGCAGAAUCAAUUUCUGAAGCUACAUGGAGUAAUACCUAUCAGCAUGAGCCAACAUUUGCAAUUGUUGAUCAUGAUUACCAUCAUACACCAAUAACCGUGGAAGAAACUGAUAAUGCUGCACCAGUGGAAGAAACGGCUAAUGUUGCACCAAAUGUGUUAAAUUCUGUACAAAAUAACAGCACUACAACUCGCUCAAGACCACGACACGCUAAUGUGCCUGCUUGGGCAUACGAGUUGGAGCAGAGCCGGCUUCAGACAGAGCAACAAAUGAUGGAGACCAUAAGAAAUGCAGUGUCAGUACUAGAAAACAUAACAGCCGUUCUUAGUGCAAUGAAAGAUGCAUUGGUUAAGUUAGCCAAUAAGUAGUUUCAAAGUUCUAAAAUAUGACUGAUUUGAGUAAAGCUGCGUACACACCGGGCCAACGAACGCCAACGGUUAUUUAUUUAUUUAAUUCUUUAUUGCACAAAUAUAAAAUAAAUGUACAAAAGGUGGGCUUAAUGCUAAGAGCAUUUUCUACCAGC